GCCGCCCGGGCCUCGCCCCUUCCCGCCUUCCCUCCUUCCUGCAGCGGCGGAGCGCGCAGAUGCCUUGUAGACACCUUAGGACUUUAAAAACAGAGAAGACCUGCUGUUAGGAGAGAAUGCUGGGGGACACUAUGAAAUCUUGGAGUGAUAGCCAGUCAGACCUCUGUAGCAGUGACCAAGAAGAGGAAGAAGAGAUGGUUUUUGGUGAAAAUGAAGAUGAUUUGGAAGAGAUGAUGGAUUUCAGUGAUCUGCCUACCUCACUUUUUGCUUGCAGCGUCCACGAAGCGGUGUUUGAGGUGCAACAGCAGAAGGAGAGAUUUGAAGCACUUUUCACUAUCUAUGAUGACCAGGUGACAUUUCAGUUAUUUAAGAGCUUUCGGAGAGUCAGAAUAAAUUUCAGCAAACCAGAAGCAGCAGCAAGAGCGCGAAUAGAACUCAACGAAACAGACUUCAACGGGAAGAAGCUGAAGCUGUAUUUUGCACAGGUCCAGAUGUCCAGCGAAACCCGGCACAAGUCCUAUUUACUGCCGCCGCAGCCCGUCAAACAGUUCCUCAUCUCCCCUCCCGCCUCCCCGCCUGUGGGGUGGAAGCAGGGGGAGGACGCCACGCCUGUUAUAAACUAUGACUUACUCUGUGCAGUUUCCAAACUGGGACCAGGAGAGAAAUACGAGCUCCACGCAGGAACGGAGUCCACGCCAAGCGUGGUGGUUCACGUCUGCGAAAGUGAAACUGAAGAGGAAGAAGAAACAAAAAACCCCAAACAGAAAAUUACCCAGACGAGGCGCCCCGAACCUCCAGCCGCAGCACUGAGUGAGCCCCAGACCUUCGAUGGGGCACUGUGAGGGGUCUGGCUGGGGUGCCCGCCGCUGCCCCCCUGGGGCCCCGCCCUGGAGGUCCGUGUCCUCCCUGGCACAGCGCUGCUCAGCCUGGGUGGAGGGGAGGCUGGGUGUCGCCACCGCCCACCGGCUGCAGACACGGCCUAGAGAGUAGCAGAUGACUUUACCUGUCACACCUUUUCACAGAGAUUCUGAACAGCACUUUAAAGGAAAGGAUUAGCCCUCAACAUGUUGCAACUCUUGACCAUUUUUUAAGCAGUAGGAAAUGUCUCUGAUUCCUGGCUUCCUCCAGCAAUGUUCAUUUCCCUGAUUCCAUAUACCUAUGGGGUCCCCAAAAACUAAAGCUGUAGUCCCGAGUGCCAUUUUUAUGACCUCAAAAAACAGUCUCACAACCUUAACAAUCUAACAUGGACAUUCAGUAAUGCUAUGAUAGCUCCCAGCUACUCUAUCUGUUGAUCAAAUGUGGUUAUUCAACAUACAUGAAAUUUUUUUUGUGCGAGAAGAGAUCUGAAAUCUAGACUAAUUCAUAGGGAGUCAUUUUUCUCGUGUUGUUUUUUUCUUUAGCUUUGGGGAGGAAAUGCCAAAUUCUCUUUGACCAUUGGACCCAAGUGGCACAAAUCUGUGUGCAUGUGACUCUCUUCCCUGUUACUCUUGCUUGAAAGAGGAAAGUGCUGUACAGACCACUGUCCCUGAUGCGUCGUCCCUCCCAGAGAACUGCCACUUUGGAAGCUGGACAGGCCACCCGUAAGUCUGACUGAUGAUAACCCCUGGGGGCCACCGUGGUCUGCCAUCUGUGACCGUGUGCUAGCCCGUGGCAUCCCCAACCAUCCUCAGCCACCAGUUGAGUUUUUUAAUGUUAUACAUGCUAUGUGUGUCAUUCAGAGACUGUAAAUUGGAAAAGGUAAUAAUAAGAUUCUCUGAAGACUGUUUUUUAAUUGUCGAUUGAAACAUUUUCCAGUUUGCUCUGAAAGAAAAGGCACACAUACUCUUUUUCUACGAAUCCAGGAAAGAUGUGGGAAAUUGAGAUCAUUCCAUUCAUCAGACCUUGUUUUUGGUGCAAUACUUUACCCUGGCUGACAGUUGGCCUUUUCCUUAAAACAGAACUCUUCCUCACCUGUGUUUCAGGAGUGGAUGGUUGAGGCUCCUGAAGCAGAAACAAGCAUCUUUUCACCUUUCUGUGGUCUGUUCAGACUUGGCAGUCCCUUUGUAGAAAAGUCUCAUAAUGAAGAAAACUUGGCUUAGGUCGGAGGGCUCUGCUGAUCUCUGUUCGCUGUGCUGUCUUCUCUGUAUGUCACAUGUCUGGAGCUCCCCGGGAUGUGUGUGAAGGGGGUGCACAUAGGAGUUUGCACUCAUAAAGCAAACUACCCAGAAGGAAGAAUGCAGAAAUUCACGCCAUGGUGUCUGUCCAUUUUUGGUAGCAUGUUUCAUGGUUUGGAGGUUCUUAUUAUGGUAGAAUGUAUUUCUGAGGACUUAAACCAUAUUGCCCAAAAAAACUUUUCUAUUUUUCCUUGCCCUCAAAUAAUCUGAGAUGAUAAGCUCUCCUAUUUAUAUAUGUCUACCCCCGCUCAGCCUCUAUAUAAAUACAGUUGAAAUCUGAUUCCAUAGGCAGUGUAUUAAAUUCAGAUCAUUUGGCACUUUAACUGACAGCAACUUAAUCAAUUUACUUCGCACUCUGAAUUCACCCCUUUGCUAGUGUUUGAUCUUAUCUGGUUGCACUAACUUAUCAUUUGCAGAAUGGACCCUGUACAUCAGGAAAUGUAUGUAUUUUCAACAGUUGAGGAUUUAAAAUUUUCCUUUUAGGUAAUAUUUAUUAACCAUAAUUUUCUAAGUGAUCAAAAUCUAUGAUGUCUUAUUAUUAGCUUGGCGUUCAUGGUCUUCCUUCCAAUUAAAGAAUAGUCUGCCCCUACCUUACAUAACCUGUUUUUAAAGCCAAGCAGUGCAGAUUACCUAGGUAUUUCUUUUUCUCUGUAU